UCUCCCGAUCUGAAUCCCAUCGAACAUUUAUGGGAAAGACUUGAGCAUCAAGUAAAAGGUCUCAGAGCUCGAAAUGAGCUCGAAAAGUACCUUCAGCUGAAGACAGCAUGGGAGAACAUCCCACAGGAGAUCGACAAAUUAAUCGAGUUCAUGCCACGCCGAUGUCAAGCGGUCAUUGACGCCAGAGGUGAUCUGAACGGGGAUCAGAAGUUGAUGUCGUCUUGA